AUGCGUCUCGGCUACCUUCUGCUUGUGACAACCAUUGGUCUUCUGGCAUGUGAAGAUACCCUUGCUGCUCUAUCCAAAUCUCAGAGCUCGAAACUGACUGCUUUCAGCAACCUGGCAGCCCAUGAACAAGUUGGCGAUUUAAACGGUAACCGUGACAACAAGCGCGCUCUUCGGGUUGCCAGCAAAACAGAAGAAGCUGACAGCAGCGACGACCCUGCUUCUGCCAAGGACCUCACCGACUCGGACGAUGAAGAAGAGAGAGAUCUUAUUAUUUCGACUUGGGAUCGUCCCAAAUACCGGCGUUGGUUUCAUGAUGGAAUGACCCCUUACGACGUCCAGCAUGUGCUGGGUUUGACUGGCGUGAGACGUCUCUGGAAACCCAUCAAAAGACGUGUGUACAAAGGCUACGUCGUGUACUACACGGAGAAAUGCAACAAGGCGAAGUACCAUGACUUCUGCAAACAGCACGCUGACAAGUAGAAUACGAAACCGCCUGGGAGUCAGAGAGAAAUUACACUGUAACUCAAAAGAAUUACAUGUAUUUUGCUCUAGUUUCCGAUUUGAUUCGUGUCACUCUGGUUGGACUAAAAUGCCAGAAGGAGGAGAUCGAAGUUGGUACAUGUAUUUUCUCCUGUUUGAAAAUUAAGUAG